AUGCCCUCCAACAGCGCCGCCUGGCUCGUCGAGCCCAAAUCCCACCCCUUCCAAGUGAAAGAAGCCCCGACCUGGAAGCCCUCCGCAGACGAAAUCCUGGUCAGGAACCACGCCGUCGCCGUCAACCCGGUCGACGGCAGCAUCCAAUCCACGGCCUGGUGGCCCCUCAACUACCCAACAAUCCUCGGCCACGACAUCGCCGGCGAAGUCGCCGCAGUGGGAGCCAACGUCACCCGCUUCAGGCCCGGCGAUCGGGUGCUCGGACACGCAGUGGCCAUGGUCUCGAAGCGCCCUGAAGACGCUGCAUUCCAGGCAUACACCAUAAUCCACUCAAACCUGGCUAGCCCCAUCCCUAACGACCUCUCCUACGAGCGCGCAGUCGUGCUCCCGCUCGGUCUAUCCACUGCGGCAGCCGCGCUCUUCCAGGAGGACUUCCUCAACCUGCAACACCCAACCUUGCCAGCAGCCAAACCCACCAGAAAGACAGUCCUGAUCUGGGGCGGUGCCAGCAGCGUCGGCAGCAAUGCGAUCCAACUCGCCGUUGCAGCAGGAUACGAUGUAGCUACAACUGCAUCCGCGAAAAACUUUGCAUACGUGAAGAGUCUCGGCGCGGCAGAAGUAUUCGACUACAACAGUCCAACUGUAAUUGACAACCUGGUCACUGCACUGAAAGGUAAGGCCUUAGUGGGUGGCGUGGACUGUAUCGGGCCUGGAGCGGCGGAGCAGACAAUCGAAGUCGUGAAGCGCACCGAUGGCGUGAAGUUCGUUGCGACUGUUAGGGCUGCCCCUGAAGAUGAUGAAGUGACUGUGAAGAUGGUUUUUGCCACGACGGUUAAGGAUAAUGAGGUUGGGAAGGCUGUCUACGAGGAUUUCUUGCCAAAGGCGUUGGAGAAGAAGACUUAUAUUGCUGCACCCGAGCCGCUUGUUGUUGGAUCUGGGCUGGAGAGUAUCCAGGAGGCUGUGGAUGUUCAGGCGAAGGGGACGUCUGCGAGAAAGGUUGUUGUUACGCUGUAA